GCGUCUAAGGCCUGCAGUGAGAAAGCUUUACUUUAUUUGGAGCACUGAGGGCUGGCAGUGCACUGCUGCACCAGCUCCGUACAAGGCGGGACUGAUGCUCCAGCUCUGUGCCGGGGCGCGGCUGCGGCGCUCCCGCCGGGGACACGCGGAGCUGCUCGGCCCCGCUUGCCGAGCUUACAGCUCCCACGUUCGAACAGGUGUGUCUGUCCAGCCGCCCUUCCCGGGAAUCACAAAUAAUCCUACCAUCCGUUUCUCCCCCCGCCCCCGGGCUACGGACAGCGGCAGCCCUUAUCAGCCUUGCCACCUGCCUGGCCGGGGCAGAGGCGGCGUCCCGGGGAAGGAAAGGGGUUGUGCCAGGGAAGAGAGGAAAAGAAAACAAAAAAGGAAAAUAAGAAAAAAAGGGAAGAAAAGAGAGUGUUUUGCGGGCAGUGGGGCCGGGGAGGAAAGGGGCCUCGCUGAGGGUGAAAGCCCCGGCGGGGCCCGAGGGCGCGGCGGCGGCGAUAAGGGCGUCCCGCCCUCCUCCCGGGGCCGAGGGCUCUGCCCGUCCCUCCCUCCGCCCUCAGGGCCAUGCAGAGGCACCGGGGCCGUGCAGCACCGAGGGCGCGGUGGCGGAGGGAACAUGGGCCGGGCCCCGGGGCCGCUGCUGCCGCUGCUGCUGCUGCUGGCGCUGCCGCGCUGCGCGGGGCGGCCGCGGGCAAUUGUGAACAGAUCCAUUCCUGAUGUCUGUGCAACUUGCCACAUUCAUGCAACAUGUCAGCAAAGUGGAGGAAAAAGUGUUUGCAUCUGCAAUUAUGGAUUUGUAGGCAAUGGAAGAACCCAUUGUCAAGAUAAAGAUGAAUGCCAGAUUGGAGCCAGCAAGAUCUGUGGAAAUCAUACACUGUGUCAUAAUACACAUGGAAGUUUUUACUGUGUUUGCCUUGAUGGAUACCGAGCCUCCAACAACAACAAGACAUUUAUUCCCAAUGAUGGCACGAACUGUACAGAUAUAGAUGAAUGUGAGGAGUCUGGACUGUGUGGUCGCAAUGCAAGGUGUGUGAAUACAGAAGGAAGCUACAUGUGUUACUGCAAUGAUGGUUAUAAAUUAGAAACUGGAGACCAUUCUUUUCAUCAAGAUGGAAACAGAGUUUCAUGCAAAGAAAUCGGAUGUGGUUCCCCUCCUGAAAUGAAGCAUGGCUACAUUGUGGGGAACUACAGCUUGCUACCAGGAAGUGCAGUUCAUUAUGAGUGUCAAGAAGGGUUUUACAGCAAUGAAGGAAUGUUCUCAUACUGCACUGCAAAUGAAACUUGGGAACCUGCCACUUUAAGCUGUAAAGGUGUGGACUGUGGGGUUCCACCUCCUGUUUCACAUGCCACAACAUCUGUGGGUGGGACCACAUACAGAAGUGAAGUUACUUACAAGUGUGAUCAUGGUUACCUGAUGGCAGGCAGCAGUCACACUGCAGUCUGCAAUGCCAAAGGACAGUGGGAUGGCCCUGAUUUGGUGUGCAAAGAAAUAGACUGUGGCAAACCUUUGCUGAUUCCACACACGACGAUGACCUGGGACAACUCUACCACUCUGCGGAGCAGAGUGUACUAUCACUGCAAAGAAGGAUAUUAUUUCAACGGAGACAGGAAUUUUUCAGAAUGUAAAAUAGAUCAGUCAUGGGAGAAUAUUACAUACAUAUGCAAAGAGGAGGAAUUAUUCAGUAAUAUAUCCAUAUUCAAUGAAACAUGUGUGAGAUGGCAAAGGAAAACUGGAAAACUGGGAGUGCAGGAAACAUACACAUUUCAUAUAUUGGGCCAAAGAUUGGAUGAGAAGAUGUUCUCAGAAGAUGUGAUAUUUAACAUCAGUACAAGUGAAGAUAAUCCAAAGGUGUGUUUAAAUCUGAAUUCUGGAAGUAACUACAUGGUGAAUAUAACAACCAUUUCUUCCACAAACAUCACCGUCUCUGUUACAGUAGCAAUUCAAACAAAGGUAAAGGAAGCUUUCAAUAAUGUAUUAAUUUUUAAUGAUACCUGCUUGAAAUGGAGGAGAAAUGUCAGGGGAACUGGUGUGGAAGACAGAUACUCAUUUCAUGUGCAAGGCCAGCGUUGGUAUCAGAAGAACUUCCAUCAUGAAAUGACCUUUGAACUUUCCACACACAAGCAAGCUCCUGAACUUUGUUUAGAUUUGCAACCAGGCACCAAUUACUCUAUUAAUAUUUCCAUGGUAGCUUUGAAUUUUUCGCUGCUUGUUUCUAUGACAACACAAAUUACAGAUCCCCCUUUCCCAGAAAUAGAAUUUGUUGCAGUUAAAGGUUCUGCACCUUUGCUCAGACUCCGGAAAGCAGAAGAUCAAAAUGGACCAAUCAGUCUUUAUCAAGUGAUUGUGCUUCCUCUGGAUUUGCAAAGCACUUUUAUUUGUGACUCCUUUGCUGCUACAGCUUUCUUUAGUAACACCACUGACAUUAAAGGAUAUGUGGCAGCUGAAUUUCAGGCGAAGGAUGUUGCUGAUAAUAUGUCAAUUGUUCUUGGAGACAGACAUUAUUAUGGGAAGUUUUAUAAUGCUCCUUUAAAGCUGGGAGAAGAGUAUUGUGUUUUUUUGAAAAUAAUAAGUGAGUGGAAUAAGGUGAGAACACAGUCCUGUGCUGUUUGGGCACAAAUUAAAAAUUUAUCACCCACUCUGCAAUACAUGACUGCUGUUGGAUUAGGGUCACUGGCUGCUGUCUGCCUUAUAUUGUUCCUGACAUUCUCCGUGGCACGCUCUUGUCUCCACAGCUCAGCACAUCCCCCACCUGCUGCUGUAGCCUGUGAAGCUGUACAUUUAUCUACUACAGUAGAUGUGGCACAAGCAGGGAUUGCAUCAUCAUUCCUAGAGACUGAAAGUGUCUCUCUUCUCUGAUGGAUUAUUUCCGGAAGUCAGCAAAGAAAAAACAUGCUCUUCUUUCAAAGCCAGCAUGUGUCGGGUAUCUGCAUGUCACAUAUGUACUACAGCAUGGGCAGUUUGUUUGUCACUGGAAGUGAGAUGUUUAUUGUCCUGUCUUUUUCCAGAUGGUAUGGUGUGUAAAGGAGAACCCUCCCUGACAAGCAGGUUAUCAUGCAUCCCAUGUGUUGGUCAGAGGCUUUCAGCUAUUCCAGCUGCAUGAGUGGCUGAUAAUAAAUGCUUGUAUUGUACUCGAUUACAUGAAUAAUCCCCUGAUCCAAUUAAAACUGUUUUGAGGAUUAACUGCUACUUUAGAUACCUUUGCACAUAUAAACUGGCCUAUUAUGAACAAAAACAAAGACCUAUCUUUAUGCAAGAUAAACUGCCUAUUGUAUUUCCAAUUAUAAAGGUAAACACUUCUAUCAGUCACUUACAAGUAAUAAUACAUCAGUAAGAUGUACACUGUUAGCCAUGAAGUUGCCAGAUUCAAGUAGUGUCAGCAGCUGAUGUGUUCCAGAGAUAUUGCAAUCAUUGCUCAUAGCAAUUAGCAGUAAUUGCAAAUAAUAUACCAAUCUAUAAAACUGCAGUUUGCUCAAAAGCUGCUUGCUUUAAUGGCAUGUGAAACUAAUUUAAGGAAGGACCUUCCUGUGCUAAGUGCAAUUUUGUUAAUCUCUGUUCUAUAAUUACAGCUGAGUAAAGCCAUCAAAUCAUUGUCUGGUUAAUUGGUUGGUGUGUAACAUCUGGUUAGAGUCACUUAAUAAAGUGUAAUUAACCAAUUUCCUAUGACACACUCCCAGUUAAUACAUUUUUUUCUUCUGUAAGAAAGAAUCAAGUGGCUUUGAAUAUUUCCACUCCUCUUCAGAAGUUGCUUUGUUAUAUGUUAGCAAUCUGUUAACUGGUGAAAUAAAAAAGCAGGAGUUUUAGUUUUC